AGACGCUGACUCGGACACAGGCAGUCCAAAGUGAACAAGACUUCCCUGGAUUUUUCUGUUAUUUAGUGAAGUUUAUUAUUAUUUUCGUCUUGGAAAUGGCGUAACAUUGUUCGAUUUAUACCUCCGCAACACAUUGGAGCUUAAGGAAAACAUAAUGACGGAAUUAAGGAACAUGUUUGGAACGUGUCCAACUGAUGUCACUUGGAAGAACCUGCGAGUGAUUCAGGUGGAAGAGGCAGAUACUCUUUGGGUUCGAGAGUUUCCCUCAAGUCAGGUGUCAAAAAAUUUAUCAGACUUUCAAAAGAUGGAAGUACAUAUGAAUGAGAAGUUUAGGAAGACGUUACCUGGCAGGCAAAUGCAAGUAUUCCCAGCAAAGAUAGGAGACAGGGUUGCAGUGCUCCACAAGAAACAUUGGUAUCGUGGUCGAGUGCUGGAUAUUGCUGACACUUCUAAAGGGCAGGAAGCAGAAAUCUUUCUUCUUGACUAUGGUAGUUCUGUGAAGGCAGAAGCAGCAGCUGUGAUAGGCCUUCGGGAUGACGAGUGGGCCAGUGUGGCAUACCAGGCAGAAAAGAUCCAUCUGUUUGCACUUAUUCCUUUGUCAUUGGAUUACGCUCUUUCAUCCACACAGUUCAGUGUCAUUCCCAGAGAGAGCAAGACUUGGGACCCAGCUGCAACGUUUUUUGUCAAGAAUCUUGUCGAGUCUAAACCCAGAGCAGAGUUUUUGCCACUGCAGAAAGGAGAACAUGGACAUUUCCAUGGCCAGUUAACCCUGUAUAUUAGAAUAGAGGUUUGGGAAGCAAUACCUGAACUAGCAAAAAUAAAAUGGCCAAAGGAAGAUGAUGGAGAAGUAGCCGUGGACCUUGCCAAGCUGCUUGUAAUGUGCGACUUUGCAAAAUUUGCAACUGAGCUUCUUGUUGACAGGAUGAAAGGAAGAAAUGGUGGAGAAAAUUCAGAAGAAGACACAGUUAGCAAUGAAUCAGACUUUGCAACAGAAAGCAGGGAAGACUUUCAAGGAUCAUCAAAGCUAGAGUUUAAGACCAUAAAAAAAAUGGUAUCAAGGAGUAGAGGUUUAACUCGAAUGAUUUGUCAUACAAGCGACAGCAGCAAUAGCACAAGCAACCUAGAAUCAAGUGCUGAAGUGCUUGACACGUCAUUUCAGUCGUCUGGCCGUGGGAGAGGCCUGAUGAGCAUGUUUGAUUUUUAUAAAUGUGGAACCUCAACUCCCCUGUCAGUGGGAAGCUCUAGCGCGGAUUUGCAAAAAUCUGGAAGAAGCCCAAAGACUGAGUUUUCUGACUCUCCAGUGGAAAUGUCUGGUGAAACUGAAUGCUCGGAAUCUGAUUCAGUUUCUAAUCUGUGCCUAGAAGAAAUUCCUGUUCCCGUAUCAUCAGGACAAAAAAGCUCAACAAAAGGGUUAUUUCCAACACAAAACGAAGAAAUGAAUGCUGGUAAAACCUGCAAUCUCUCAUCAUCUGAAAAGAAAAGUGAUGAGAAACAGUCCUUGGUGGAUGAUGUAAGUUCUGAUGCUUCUUCAGCCACAAAGACUGUUCCUGAGGGUAGUGUUCAGAUAUCACCUCAGACUGCUGAAAGAUUCACAGGAACAUCUAAACAAAAGGAAGAAUUAAACAUGGGAUCACCUGGUGGAAGAGGAUUAUACCUUAAGCUUGGCAAAUCUAGUCUGUCUGAUGUUAAAGCGGUGAGCAAAAUUUCUGACUCUAAAGAAAGUAGUAUAUUGACAAAAAAAUCAGAACCCAUGCAAAAUGGAAAGUGUAAGGAGGGGGAUAUAAUUAUGCAUGAGAAAAAGAGGAAGACUAUUGACUGCAGUGCAAGAAAGGUGAACAGUCAUCUUAUUGCCUCAUUUAUUUCAGAUGUUUGGGACAGAGAGGAAAUGGGAGAUGUUGAGGAAGAAUUGACAAUCUCAUUAAGAGAGAAAAAUAUGCCAGAGGGCCCUUGCAUUGCAAAAUUGUUCAGGAUAUUUGUAGCUGGGGAGUCCCCUGUUGCUGAGGAAGAAGUAGUUGUUAAUGAGAACAUGGUUGAUGCAAUACUGAAUUGUCAUAUAGUAAAAAUACUAAAUGAUUUAGAUAUGAGAGCAACACGACUGCAGGCAUAUGCUUGGCCUGCUAUAACCCGUGGCACUUCAGCCAUCAUUGUAGGAGGCAAAAGGAGUGGCAAAACUUAUGGUUAUGUUGUACCUUUGAUUUCUGUUAUUCUAGACUCAUGGCAGCACAUAAGCCGUCGUCUUCCCCAAGGCAUUGGGGCUGUUUUGGUUAUUGUUUGCAAAGACUGGAGAAGUGCAAAAUAUGCUGCUGAUUCUUUGGUUAGAUUCCUACCUGCAAAAAUGUCGCUAAAAGUCAUCACAGCUUGGGGAGGUUGUGGCAAUGAAGAGGUAAUUGAUACCAACUCCCAGUUACUUGGAGGUUGUGACAUUCUGGUUACAACUGCCCCAUGUUUGGUGAGACUUCUAACAGGUAAAACUGCAGAAUUUGCAAAGGCAGAUGAAGAGAGUGGCACCAAAGCAUUUACAUCCCUUGCUAGGUGUUGCUAUCUUGUAUUUGAUGAUGUUGAUUCAAUCUUGGAGAAUUGUGCAGUGGAGGUGAAACAGAUACUUACUUACUGGGGUGAAGGAAAGAGCAAAAGUGACCGAAGGGACUUUGAACAUCAGUUACUUUUAGUUGCAUCAUCAUGGACCAAAUUAUUGAAUUCAUUGACACAAACAGUAACUCCUCUUCUUGAGCCCAUUAUUAUUGUUGCUGAUCCUUGGGAGGCUGUAAUAGCUACUAGAGCCCAUACCUUUGUUCACAAAGUAGAGGAAAUAGGGACAGAGCAAGAUAAACUUGUUGAACUUUUACAAGAUAACAGACAUGGAAGGAUUUUGGUGUUUGUGGGUGAUGAUAGUCAGGCAAGGAAUCUGAAAAUAUUGCUGGAUGCUGUGGCUGUAUAUUCCUUAAUUGUAACAAGCUGUUCUACAAUGUGGGUCAUGAAAUCCAUAGUUCAGGAAUGGCACUCUUUAGCAAAUGUAGUUUUGAUAGUCUGCCAAGAGGCUUCAUCACUUCUCCUCCUGUAUGAAUUAGCAAAUGCAGACCUCAUUAUUCAUGCAGAUAUACCAAACUCCAUUGGUAAUUUCAAAAUGAGGUAUGCUUUUAUGGUGAAUAAUUUUUCAACAGAUUUAAAUCGUGACACCGUAAAUUGCGAGUCUCACAUAAUAUUGUCCAAAGAAUCGGUGAAGCGGCUUCCUCCUCUUGUGCUUGAAAUAGAAAGAACUGGUAAAGUUCCAAGAGAGCUUCAAUGUGUAGCAACUAAACUUAUGGCAAGCUGUAGCCAAGAUGAUGCACUGUGUUAUUAUUUAAAAGCUUAUGGUAAGUGUUGUAUAGGUUACACUUGUGGAUUUAGGCAUAGAAUACAAAAGUUUGAUACUGAGAGUGUGAUUCCAAGAAAGGGUGAAGUUACUUUCAGUGUUAUCAAAGUGAUAAAUGCAUCACGGUAUUUAGUGCGCCUCUUGAGUUUUAGGGAGAAGGCAGGGGUUCCUGAAUUUAACUUGAGAGAUCACUACCUGAGAUUGUUCAUGGCCAUACAGCAGUAUUAUGCUGAUCCAGAAAACUGUGAGCAGUUGAUCAUCAUGGAACCAAGAAUGCUCUGUGCAGUUAAAUGCAAGGACAAAUGGGCAAGAGGACAAAUUGUAGAAGUUGAUUACUCAAGACAUAUUGUCAUGAGUGUUGUGUUUCUCUUAGAUGAAGGAAGUGAUGUAACUGUAGAGCAGAAUUCCUUGUAUAUUCUUCCAAACCAUCUGGCACUGAUGCCACCACUUAUUGUCGAGGUUUAUCUCUGUAGAGUUCAACCUCUGGAUUUUGAUAAGGAAUGGACUUACCAUGCAUCAAAGUACAUUGAUGAUAUAUUCAGCAAUAACAUAAACAAAAGUACUUUUGUUGGACAAAUUGAACUAGCACUUGGUUCAACACUCUGGUUAAGCCCUGUGACUGAGUUGACACAGGCAGGGAAAAGUAAGUUCAAGAUGGAAUCUCUAAGAUCUAGACUUAUUUCUAAUGGAUUUGGAAUAAGUAAUAUUGCUCAUAUGGAAAGGUUGAAACAGAUGUGUAAAUUAGCAGGUAUAUCCUUGGAACCUGAGGACCUGUCAUGUGAAUUGUUUAAGAUGACUGUGGAUAAGGCACUGGACUUGCUAAAAGGUACAGAACAAAAUAAGGAGCCCAGUAAGCUGUCUGAAUUAAAUAACUCCAAAGAUAAGCCUAGAAUGAAUGAAGCUUGUACUAGAAGCCCAGAAGAAGUUGAUUCUGUUGACGAAGACGAGGAUAUCAGUAAUGAUCUCGAGAAAAUAGAAGACUUAUCUACAAAUGUUGAAAUGUCAAGUACUGCUAGAAGUGAAGCUAUAGGUAUUCAUUUGCUACAAGAAUCUUUGCCCUUGGAUACUGAUGUGGAAGUUGGUGUUGCAGAAAUAGAAUCUCCCGACUGGUUCUUUAUUCAGCGUGCAGAUAAUUAUGAAAGGUUGGAUGAACUUGAGUUAGAAGUCCAAGAGAUAACUAAGCAUUGGCUAACAGACAGUAAAGAGAGUCUUCAUGAAAAAAGCUUAAAAUGGGAUGAGCAGCCGUGUCUUGCGGCUUCUAGCUACUGUCUGGCUAAGUUUUCUGAUGGCAAUUACUACCGUGGCUGGGUGGACAGAGUUGGGCCAGAUGACACCAGUAAGGUCUUUUUUGUCGACCACGGGGAGACUUUAAUUAUACCCUCUGGUCAGGUUCAGCCAUGUCCAUCAUAUCUUCUGGACCUUCUGCCUGCCCAAGCUAUUCCAUGUUGUUUGGCCAGUUUCACUUAUCCACCAGCAAAAUUAAAAGACGUGAAGAGAGCUAUGGAGGAAGUGGCUGAUUCUGUUGAGACCUGGAUAGCAAAGGUUAUAGAAAUAGUUGAAUCGGAGGAUGGGAAAAUGUACAGGGUAGAGUUAAUUGACAGCUCAGUGGAGCCACCAAGGCAGAUGUCAAAGGAGCUCAUGAAUGCACACCAGUCUUUGAAUGAGAAUUAUGGGGAAAACCAGAUCAAGGAAGAUGUUGAAUUUGAAAAUCUUAUGCAGUCAACAGAGGUGCUUAAUGCAUCAUGCUUAGACAGAGAGGAGGCAAUGAUGUUCUUAGAGAAUUUACCCAAUUUCAAGGAAUGGUCAAAUGCAAUCAGGAAUAAUAAUGCAGAAGAAAAAGAAGACAAAGAAGAAACUAAAGAAAAAGAAGACAAAGAAGGAACUAUGACAGAUGUUAAGAAUUCCUGUGAUUUGCCUGAAGCUUUACAAAUUUGCAGUGCCCUCGACAAGUCAGCUUCCAGCUCCAGCAAACAAGAAGGGGAGUCAUGGAAAAAUGAAAAUAUAAAAAAGGAAAAACUAGCAAAUCACAGAAAGACAGAAGAGCUCAUCAUCGACCACCAUUCAUCACCAGAAAAUGCCAGUAAUCGGAACCAUAAAAUUGUCCACAAGCCACACAAGCAACAAGAGAGCGCCAAAUCUUAUGGAAAAGCAAAACCUUCUAAGGCGGAUACAGACUUGUUCAACCAGCUAUGUCUACUUGUGCCACCCCUAGAGGCUGUAAAAAACAUUACACGCAGGUUAUAUCCCGAGACAACCUGGAAUCAGACGGACAGUUUGGUUGUCAUCAAUGUACAUUUGCUGGGUGUUGAGCACUACAAGUGUCGGUUUGCAAGGAAUCAUUUGACCUUUAUGACUGUUGUGAGAGAUAAAUUCUAUGUUAUUGAGGAGACUUUGGCAAAUGAAAUUGAAACUGAUUCAUGCUCACUCAAAUUAAAAGGCAUGUCCGUGCACAUUUAUCUGACUAAGAAAUCAAAAUGCACAUGGCUCCAUCUUUUUGCUGAGAAGGUGAAACGUCCAUGGUUGAAGAUGGCCUACCAUGGCUCAAGCUUAGACGAGGAAAAGUCAUCAGUUUCUGCUCUCAAAAAAUCCUGGACAGACUUGCAGAUGUGUGAGAACAGUUAUGGAGGAUACCCAGCUGGCAUGAGUGACAGUAGUUCAGCAGAGAGUCAGUCAGAUGAAGAUAUGGAUGACUUGAUCACUUGAUUGGCCGAGUGAGACCUGUUUGUCAUGUUGCAUGCAUUUAUUAUUCCGUUGAUACAGUGGAAAGAAUGACUGAAUCUGCUUUGUUAUUUAGGAAUUGUCCCAAAAACUUCAAACUGGUUAUUGUUGUAUGAAUUAGUGAACCUAAUUACAGCUUCUUUUUUACUGGGUAGGCUCUGUGCUAAAGCAGAUUUAUAGAUCCACCAAAAACAUGGUUGGUAUGAUUUAUUACUUUCUGCUAUAUUGGCUAGUCCUAUAAAUUUUGCACAACAUCCAAUUUAUUUUUCUAUAACAUAAAUGCACAUGCUUCAAUCUGUACACAUAUUUGUGUUCACAAACACUUUAUAGACACAUCCAGUGGCAAAAUAUUACUAACAAGUUUUAAAUGAUUUAACCCAUUCCCGCCCAGCAUGCCAUGCCAUGCCCACUGUGAGAUUACUUGUUGAAUUGUUUUCACACAUAGAUGGCUACACUUGUACUAAAUCACCAAUGAGCCAGUUACGAGUACCGCCUGUCUCGCCCGUUCACCCUUUUAUUUGAUUUACAAAAUAUUUUACUCUAUCUUAUUUUGCUGUUACUAAUGUUAUAAAACAUUAUAAAAAUUAUAACGUUUAUAAUAAAAAUAACACCAUCAAUAUUCGUGGCACUAGUAAAAAAUAUGUUUUUCCCGCCAUUUCAAAUCAGGCACUAACAGAGUCAUCUAUGGGCAGACAUUUCACAAAAAAAAAAUAUAGAAAAUAGGCACAGCAUUUCCCCCAUUUUUUGUUCAUUUUCCCUGGCGGCAAUGGGUUAAUGGUUAAAACAAAUAGAUGUGCUAGACAUGAAGCUCAUAUAGCACUAAAUAGAUUUUAAAGAUUACAGAUAGUUAAAAUCUGUACACUUACAAUAUUAUUCACCUGUCCUGUAGUCUCGCAAUGUUGUAGGGUUAUCAUUUAAAACUUUGACAUCACUUCUUCCUUCUUCCUCCCUUCCUUCCUUCUUCUUCUUCUUCUUCUUCUUCUUCUUCUUCUUCUUCUUCUUCUUCUUCUUCUUCUUCUUCUUCUUCUUCUUCUUCUUCUUCUUCUUCUUCUUCUUCUUCUUCUUCUUCUUCUUCUUCUUCUUCUUCUUCUUCUUCCUCCUCCUCCUCCUCCUCCUCCUCCUCCUCCUCCUCCUCCUCCUCCUCCUCCUC